AUGGAAAGCGAAAUUUAUAGCUCGCUUUUGAAAUCUAAUUUAUUGAAGGAAAAAAUAUCUGUGAGGCUGCAGAAGGAUGUAGAAAAUGAACUGGGGAGCUUGGAAAGAGAAAGAAAAGAAGCAAUUAGGCUGAGCCAACUUGUGCAUGAGACUGAAGAAGAGCUUGAACAAGUUAAUAGAAAAAUCAAAAAAUGCUUUGAAAAUAAAGAAAUUCUGAGUGAAUUAUCAAUUUCUGGGAAAAAGCUGGAAACUGCAAAUACUUUAUUUCAAGAAAUUUUGGAAGAAAAUAAGCUUCUGAGAUCACAAAUUGACUCGUUAAGACAAAAUAUUAUAGCUUGGAAAAGAGUCAUUCACACUACACAGACUGAAACUGAAAAAUAUUCAAAGUUGUCUCAACAGAAAGGUGAAAAUAUGUGCAAUUUAAUAAUUUCUGAAGACCAAAUCCAACAGCAAUUAUCUCAUUUGAGAUCAAAAAGUGCAAACUCUCAUGAAAAAUUUGCGAAUAGAAUAAAUUCUCUGGCAGCAGUUAUCCAAUAUGAAGAAGACCAUAAAUCACAAAUCCUAAAAAAUAUAAAAGAGAGCUUAAAUGUUCAGAUGUUUAGGCCUCUUAACAUGCUAGAUAAUGCUAAGGUUGCUAAUUAUUUAAUUUCUAGGUAUAAAAAUCAAAUAGUAGCCAAGCAAAAAGAAACAAAAGAAUAUAUUGAACGCAUACAGGGCUUAGAAAAAGCACUGAAAAUUAUAACAGAAGCCACUGGUAUAGCUUCUUGUCAAGAAAUUACCACACAAUUCCUGAAGUCUGAAGAGCAAAUAGGAGGAAUGACACGAUAUUUAAAUGAACUGAACACUGAGUGAGAUAUCCAGUUAAAAAACCUCAGCUUUAUUUUUUUAUUUGCAAUGCAAAAAGGUAUGACUAAAAGCGCUAAUAAAAAAGAUGCAAUGGAAAAAUCAGAAGCCAUAGAGAAAAAAGCCCAAAAAGUAUUAGAAGAUAAUAAAAAAUUGGGUAUCAAAUGCGCUCAAGUGCAGUUUCAAUUAAAUCACUCUUUCAGUAUUAUAAAAGUAUUUAAAAAUUAGCAAAUGCUCAAAAAAUGCCAAAAAGCGCCAGUUAAACCACAAAUAAAUGUAAGCCCUCCUAUUGUGCCUGAAGAAACGUGUGAGGAGAAUAUUAUUUUUUAUUUAAGCCAAAUUGAGGAAUAUAUUUCAUUAUUUCAGAUGAUUAUAUCAAAUUUGUCAUAUCCAAGGCCAUUAACCCCUAUUAAUUUGCAGACUUCUCCGAUAAAUGUUCCUAAAUUAAAUGUAAAUCAUAUUUAGCUCAUUUUGGAAUCAAAAGAACUCUUCAAAGAUUCAGAUUCUGAGGAAUCAAAAUCUCCUAAAAAUCUAGAUUUUAUGAAGAAUCGUGCCAAAUAUUUAUAUUCAGCUUAUACAGAAAGAAGAGCAUCAAUUCAUCAUUCGCCUGCUAAGAGUGAAAGCAUAGCAAGAGGAAAAACGCUUAGGAACCCAGAAUAA